AUGACUAAAACCGUAUCAGAAUACAAAUACGAACAGACCACUUCACUUCAAGGUUCAGACGUCAGGUCUACCUUCACUUCCACACCUUCAUCCUCGGUAUCAUCCAUGGGACCAAAGUUUGGACUGGCCGUGGCAGGGAAGAUCGAGGUUGAAUACCUCCCCGAUCCAGAUGAAUUUCCGGGUGUUAAAUUCAUCUUAGAUACCCUCAACCCACCUCGACUUGUUAACCGCCAUUCCCACGGUCUCAAUCCCAGUCCGAUCUGUCGUGGGCGACUGAGGUAUUUCGAGAGGGAUGAACGUCAUAAAUGGUGGUUCACAAGAUGGUUUCACCCUGCUCCGCACUGGCUCACAUUCUUCUGGUACCGCUCAACAGCCGGAACGAGGGUAUCUUGUACAAGGGAAGAACUCUGUUUUGCAUGGGUUAAAGCUCUCAACGGUGCGAGAUAUCAUCAACUGCUUUAUAGUCAUUCCCAGCAAAUUGCCGAUCGAGUUAUCAAAGCUCGAUAUGAGAGCACGAUUGAGAAUCUCGCAGUGGUAGCCAAGAAAUGGCUCUCGCUUUUCCGAGAGAUCGACUGGGCGAUGGGAAUUUUAUACAACAUCCAGCUCCAUCGGACCAUCCCUUUGUUCUGGAGAUACCACCCUGAAGAACACGAUUACGAUAUCAGCAAGUUAUCAAAAUGGAAACAUCGUCUCACUUGCUUAUCGACCGCCGAAGACCUCACUGAAUGUUUCAUCUAUUGUGUUAGAGAGACCAUCCGAUUGGACAAAAAGGGGUAUGACCACGAAUCCAGACAAUUGGCCACUGCAAUCGGAUUUCCUGGCCAUAAGAUCUGUAAAGUUCCCGGAAUCCCUGACGAGAUGAGAUACGAUGAUGAUAAUUCGUUGACUGGUAAUUGGUAA